GGUACGUAGUAGACACCGUACCUGAAUGGCCUGGUGUCGUUAGCUCUUGCGCCGCGCGCCGCACGUUGCAGCGAGUAAGCCCAGGCGAGAGGUUCCCCUCUCCCCUUCCCGACCUCUAGCGAAGAAAACAUACUACCUGCUACCUGUGUAGGUCGUGGGACGGCAACCCGCCUGCUCAUCCAUCCUGUCAUGGCGCAGCGAGUUUCCCUCGUAUCCUGAUCCUGCUCUGGUGAAUCCCAUCUAAACACUCUCUUUCCCCAUUUCCAUUCCUUUUCGACGCUCGUCUUAAUCCGAGUGAAGGCUUGUUGGGUUUCUGCCCUUCUCCAUCUCAGAAUACGCUUUGCGUGAGCCAUCUCCCGGUCCUGUUCAAACAAGUAGAACAAUCAAUUUUCACUGUUGCAAUCACGCUGAUGUGCUAUCGGCUUCUUCUUCUACUUCUCCUUCCGUAGCUGUCCUCCGCUGUGCUAAUUAUCCACCUCCCAUCAUUUCACCUAAUUCGCUGUGUGAUCUGUACCUAUCGUACCCAGCCGUACCCAGCCACCCUUCCGGCCGUUGAGUUCCCCACACGACGACCCCGUGCUGGACUCAUAAGCCACAUAGUGAGACUGACCAGACAAGCUCGCCAAGGGAUAAUAUCGCAGAAAAUGCAGUCGAUGCAGAGACAAUUUGGUCGCAUGCUCCAUAGGAGCCCUGGCGACAACGCAAAAGUGGCAGUGCUGCUCUCUGAUUAUGAAGACGUCGACAGAGUCCUUGCUAAGAUCAUUGACGCUGCCAAAUCAUGGCGUGACUCGUGGAUCAACCUCUGUUCAACACAAUUGGGCGUCGCUACCGAAUACGAUGGACUCUGGGACCCCAUCGUGGGUGCGUCUGACGGGCUGGGUAAACUUGCGACUCCUACACCAGAGCUCCAACUAGAGCAAGCUUUGCGCCUCAAGGAAGUAUAUACCGAUCUCAAGGCUGAUCUCCUCGAUGAGUUGGAGCUUAUAGAGGCCAGAAUUGUGAAGCCUGCUAGUUCCGCCCGGGAGUACAUUGACCCCUUGCGAAAAACCAUCAAGAAAAGAGAAAAUAAGAGGUUAGAUUUUGAGAAAAUCCAAGACAAGACUAGCAAGCUUCAAAGAAAACCAGGAAGGACACCCAAAGAGGACGCAUCGCUCGCCAAGCUUGAGGCCGAACUGGCUCGAGUAUCCGAGGCCUUCCACACCGCUGAUGCCCACCUAAGAGAAACUCUGCCUCCAAUUGUGAACGCGGCCUUUAGUAUCAUCCCGCUACUCAUCGAUUCAGUUGUAGCACUCCAAAAUCGCUUCCUCGGCCUAUAUUAUACGGCUUUACACACCUACUGCGAACAACACGGUUUUCCCUCUCCGCCGCCCCCAAUGGACGAGGUAAUAGCCGUUUGGUCAGCUGGAUAUGAACCCGUCAAAAGGGAAACCGAAUCAAUCACCUGCAUCGCCACUGGAAAGGCGGUACGCCAGCCUAUGAAACUUCCUGAUGACCCCAGUUUGCAGGAUCGGGGCCGGCCGACUCCCGCUUUCAUGGUGAAUGGUCCUCGGCGCUCGUCCUCCGGGCUCACAUCAGCCGAUGGGAACAUUGCACCGCCGCGCAUUCCAUCGACGACUUCGUUAUCGUCGAAUUCAAGCCCGGUCCUCGCGCCAAAACCAUCUCUGGGGAACAACUACGUUAUAUCUAACAACCUGACCCCUACUGAUUUUACAACGGCGUCUCGGCUUGGACAGCAGCUGACGCCUGCCAUCUCACCUAAUUCAAUGCGGCCGCGGAGCGACUACUUUGAUAAGCGUCCGCCGUCAGCAGCGCCCACCAUAACAUCAACAUCAUCGGUGAACACAACAGCCAGCGGGGCUUCCUUGAUCACCGGGAAGAAGAAGCCUCCACCGCCGCCUCCCAAGCGGAUUGCAUCGAAGCAACAUGAAGAGUUCGUAGUGGCUCAGUAUGCCUUUGACGGGCAGGGCUCGGGCGAUCUCUCAUUCCGCCAAGGAGACAGAAUUAAGAUUGUCAAGAAGACUAACACUCUCGAUGACUGGUGGGUAGGAGAGCUAGGAGGUGUCGAGGGGAGUUUUCCUGCAAAUUAUUGCAAAGCCGGAUGAAAAGAGAGAGAAAAAAACAUGAUCCUUUACGACUUCAUUUAUUACCAGAAGAACGAAAGAAGAGGGAAAAGAAAAAGUCAUCGUUAUACAGAAGACGCGGGCUUCUCAAGUAUACGUAAUCAUGAAGAUGUGACUCAUGAGCUACCCCCCCGUAAGGUAGUAAAGAAUAAUUUAAUUUAGUUAGUUAGUUGUAUUCCUUAUCAGUGGAGAUUCGAACAUAUUCACACAAUGAAGCGAGAGAAAACUUCAAUGAGGACAUUGAUUCUAGAACAGAAACUUAUGCACACCAAUAUUUUAGCUUAGAAGAAUACGCACGUACUGAGAGCCAAAUUACGUUUUCUUUUCUUUCUUUCUUUUUUUCGUUGGAGUUAUUCUACAGUGCACGGCACAACACUUCACAACAUGGCAGUAAGCAAAUCACCCCAUCUAGAGUAAC